AUGAGGGCUAAGCUCCGCAAGCAGAGCCAGGAAGCCAGCAAAACACCACCUGUGACCACUUCAUUUGCAAAGUUCACAUGGAAAAAGAAGGAGAACGUUCUGGCAAAGGAGGCGGCAAAAGUGGCCGCAGAGUUCAUCAAGGAGGAUGAAGCGGCUGUGAAGCAGAAUCCAGUCUCUGCGGAGGACUCUUUUGCUAAAUCUCUGGCUGUUGCCAAGGAGAUUGCCCAGAAGCUUGGGGGCCAGCAGAACGUGCCUCCUCCCUGGGGAUCUAACAGCGCUAACCGGGGAAGGAUCCGGCCCAACCUCCCUGCACCUGCUGCAGUCCUGAGGAAAGCAACCAUGAUGGCUCUAAAUGCUCAGAACACACUGCUGGAAGCUAAACCUCAGCCACCAACCGGUAGACCUUGGCCAGUAGAAACUAUGUCUGGACUUGUGGUUGCUAGAGUAGAGCCCUCUGAGGCUAAAGCCCCACCACCAGUGUCUCAACCUGCACCACUGGAAGUCAGACCUGCGCCAAAAGUGUCUCAGCUUGCACCAAUUGAGGCGAAGCCACCUGAGGCUAAACCUCUGCCACCAGUCUUGAGACCUGCACCAUUUGAGGUGAAACCGGCCCACCCUAAACCUGCUCCAUCUGCGGCUAAACCGGCAAUGAUAAAGAUAGUGUCUGAUGUGGCAGCUCCCGGCGUCCCGGAAAGUGAGCAAACCCGUACGGUGUUCGUCAAGCCUCCACCUUUCACGACUAUGGGUGACGGAUCUCAGAAAUCUGAAAAAGUUAAGAGUAACCUGGCUGCAGCCAAAGCCCAGCAAUUAUUUCACAUCUUCUACAGCAGCGUUGGCCAAUCAGGCGCCUCCUCCAUCACCAAACCAACAACAGACGCCAAAGCUGAUGGAAGUGCCACCAACAAAAGUCAUCUUCCUACCCCGCAAGCUCAAAAACCACAUGCUCAGCAACAGCCUUUUACCCAGUCUCAACCUCCAACUAUGGUCUGUACAUCUCCACAACUACAGUCAAAUAAAUCCCAGAGUCCCCAAACCAACCCAGAAUCAGACAUUCAGAUCGCCUCUGUUUGGUCUUUGCAGUCUACCGCAGCUCCAACACCUGAGCUGUUGCUGACUCCAUCCAAAACAACUUCAGAAACAACACAACCAAAACUAAAUCACCCAUCCCGGUCUGAGCCUCAGAGUGUACCCCAAAACCAGUCCUCCACUCUGAAAUCUGAGUCCCAACUCAUCACACAAUCCAUGUUGAAACCAACAUGUCAAACUCAGUCCCAGCUCAAACUGACUACUCAAAUCCAAACAGAGGCACAGUCUGAAACUGAACCAAAGCAGGACACCGAGCCCCUAUCCUAUCCACCAUCCCAGUCUGAGGCUCAGAGUGUACCCCAAAACCAGUCCUCCACUCUGAAAUCUGAGUCCCAACUCAUCACACAAUCCAAGCCUGUCAAGCCCACACUGACUACUCAAAUCCAAACAGAGCCACAGUCUGAAACUGAACCAAAGCAGGACACCGAGCCCCUAUCCUAUCCACCAUCCCAGUCUGAGGCUCAGAGUGUAGCCCAAAACGAGUCCAUGACUUCUAAAUCAGAGUCUCAAUUCACUCCACAAUCUGAGACUGCCGAGCUGGAACCAAAUCAAAUUCGGUACCAGCCCAAACUGACCCCUCAAAUCCAAACAGAACUCCAGUCUGAAACGGAACCCUCGGCCCAUCCAGAAACACAUUCUGUCGCAGAACCUGAACCCAAACCGGGCCCCAAAACUAGAGGCAAGCCAUUUCCGACAAAGAGAGUCCCUCCUGCCCCCACACCUGUCCGACAAACCAGAUCCCAAACCAGAUAUCAGACCCGGCAGCAGCAGCAGCAAAGCCAGUCCGAGCCAGAACCUGAGCCGGCUUCAGGAGAUUCUGACUCGGCAGCUUCAGAACCGAAGGAGGUGGACGUGUCAGAUCCUGGCUCUGGUUUGCAGCCAGAGGAUGGUGCACUCAGUGAGGGGGACCCUCAGCUGAUGGAGAUCACCUCUGAAACCCUGGGCCUCCCCUCCAACAUGUCCUGUCUGAACUUUGAGUAUGAUUAUAACUUUGAGUAGCAGCUCACAGGUUUCAUCAGAACUGCUCACAGAGCCAGUAUUUUGACUUGACUUUUAAAACACUGACCAUCUGUUCAAAGGUCCGGUUUGAUGUUUAGUGAAGCUUGUUCUGUCUUAGUCUGAGGUUUCAGGUUCAUUCCUGUGGAUCCAGUACAGAGAUGGUCUAUGUCUCGCCCUGCAUGGCACGCAAUCUUUUACUGAUCCACAAAGACCCCGAAAUGGACAAAACAAGAGUGAAUCUGAAGGUGGACUGUUGUUGUGGACCUCCACUGUUGACCAGAUGAUAUUUAGACAUUUUUGUCAUCCACAAACUCGAUCCGUGUUUGUCAGAUUUACUGUUGGUUUCAGUCUGCACGUAGGAUUUCUGAUGAACAGUGGAACUCUGCAGCACAGAGAGCUCUUAUAAUAUACUUUGUACUAAAAGAUCUGGGUCUGUUUUUCAGGGUUUCAUCACUAAAGUGGUUCUAAACCAGGUCCUCUGUGGGCUCAGUGGUCAUUUUAAAGGUUGUAAGACAAUGAACAGAACAGGAAGGAUGUGGUUUAUUUUGUAGACACUCCUCUGAUGAAUCUCUGGAUGUUGUUUACAAAAUACAAUACAAAAUCAUCAACUCUGUUUAAAGGUUCACCAGUGAAAUGUUGAACCAUGACAGCAAAGCUCUGCUGUCCACAGACUAGGUCAUGUCGACACAGACAAUCUUUGUUUGUCUGGUUCCCUGAUCAGGUUUUGAGCUCCAUCUUCUUAUCUGGCUCUGUGAA